CCGAUUAUUUCUUGCCAGGAGGAGAGCACCAGCCAUGGAGGUUCUCACGAGGGGUCCCUUGCUUCACGGGUGUGGACAGACCAUCGAGAUUGGCCGCAGACUCCAGUGUGGGCGUUAUAGGCGAAAAUUGUCGGGUAACCACUUCCGUAGUCCAUUUUCGUCGCUGGCGCCUCCUGCCCCUCGCGGGUAACCAGAUCUGGAUCAUCGCGUGUUUCUCGCUGGCAGUUCCACAUCUCUCCCCGAAUAUAUUUCGCAUGCCUGUUGCCCUUGGGAUUCGCCCUUCGGCCCUUGAUGGAGUCGCUCCUGUCACACGCAGCAAAAUCGGGAAGAGACGUGAGAAUCUCCGGGCAGGAACGGUGUCUCUGGAUGGGCAGAAACCACAAUUUCUUGGGGGGCAGCGGAAGACAGGGUUCUGGCGUCGCUCUCCUGUCCCAAAGGCCCCCGACGGAUUCGUCCCGACGGAUUCAGAAGUUUUCAGCGUGAAUGGCUUAGGCCGGGCAGCUCAAGCGCAUGUUUCAGACUCUUCUGGAGCCGCACAUGCAAAGGUUCUUCAGACCUAUCCUGCCCGUCGCCUUUGUUCCCCCUUCCAGCAACCCCUAUGAGAAGCCCUCGCUCUCUCCGCUGCCUGCUCUUCCCUCUGUCCGACACAGUCCUUUUCUGGUACAAAUCCGCAGUCGCAUUAUCCAAAUUUCAGUUCAGCAACUUUCCAGCAAACUCCAGUUCGCAGAGCUUCUACUGUCUGUCACUCUACGCUCACAGUUCUCGGCUCGUCUCAACUUUCCUCAGCUGUUUUCAUGGCAUCCUAUGUCUACCCUUCGGUUUCUGAAGCCCGUCGCAUGUGGGAACUCCGAUGCGUGAUCCAGAAGCAGGUUAUGCGGCUGAGCUUGUCAACUCGCAACUCAGCGAGUCCCAACCACAGCAGCACCUCCAGCAACGUCACCUCCAACGAGACACCCUCCUUGAAGACGAGCUCCCUGACUUUCAGCAGCACAGCAAGCAGCAAUGACUCCAGCGACGUCAUCAACGACAGCAAUGACAACGAGGUCAGCUGCAGUGAGAAAGCUGAAGUGAGCAGCGCUGCUGGCAGCAACUGUAUCAGCAGUGUGAUUCCGUUGAGUGACACAUCUAGCGUUGUCAGUGACGUUGAUUGCUGUGACAACACGUCAGACGAGGUCAGCGUCGUCAGCAGCAGUGAUGUCAGCUGCACUGAUGUCAGCAGCAGUGAUACCAGCUGCACUGAUGUCAGCAGCAGUGAUACCAGCAGCAGUGAUGUCAGCUGCACCAGUGACUUCACCUCGCCAAACGUGACUACAGUGGAGGUUCCUGUUGUGAACAUGACUUCAAGGACGACUGAUUCUGCUCUAUGCAACAAGUCAAGAGCGGCAAAAGCGGCUGCAGCAAGUGCAAGGCUGCUGCCGUCCCUCAUCCCCAAGCCAAGAGCAAUCGUGAGGGUCACUCCUGCAGUGGAGCAGCAGCCACGGAGUGGAGAAGUCGAUGCGGGAGCCCAGCCUGCAGCCUCAGCACGCAGCACAGCGAGGCAUCAGCAGGAGAGGAAGAGCAGCAUGGGAUGCAGAGGAAGGCAGCCGGCCAGGAGUACAAGAGCAGUAGCAGUAAGGCCUCACUGGAGGCCUUGAUAGCUGCUAGGAGUGCUGGACAGAGUCAGCAAGCACUUCAUGCUGGAAAGUGGGAUGUUGGUGGUGGGGAGCACAGAGCAGCCUAUCCAAUGUGGUCAAGAGGUGGGGUGUUGGGAAUGUGGUGGUGAAGGCAUCACCUUUUUGCACCCUGCUUGCCGGGGUGUUGUAGCAUGGAAAGCUUGGUGAGUCUGGAGGACGGAUAGUGGUUAGGCAUCAAGAUAGCUGAAGCUGCUCAUGUGCUCUGCUGGACCCAAGGCUGGAGGAACCAUGUGGUGGUGAUCAAGGCAGUGCAUGCUCUUGGAAUGGCUUCCGUACCGUCUGCUGUGGGGGAUUCUUCAGAUGGUGAUGUUAGAAAUGUCAACACUCACCUGCCACGGUGCUGCAGACACAGCACCGCAUGUGUGUAGUGUAGUUCUAGUGCAUGUCAUCUUCGUACCAUCCAGGAGCUCUUGAGCACACAAAGGAUGUCAAAUUAUAUAUAUUAUAUAUAU